AUGGCAUCCCCAAGAAACACCCUCGAACACACUCAGCACCAAAACUUCCUAGAGUUGCCCGGUGAACUCCGCAACCUCAUCUUCGAAGACGUCCUCACAUGUCCAACCCACAUACAACUCCUCACACCUACCUGGCAGCAAUCCUACGGCUUCUGCGCCUCGCUUCCAGCUCUGAGGAUCGCGCCAGAACCGGCCUUGGCCCAGGUGUGCAAAGCACUUCGUGGAGAAGUCCUCUCAACUUACUACUCGAUCAACGCUUUUGACAUCGGUCGGAUUCCCUUCCGGAAACCAAGUUUCCAGAAUGUGCAUACGUAUGAUCAGUACAUUGCUGCCCUGCGGCGGUGGCGGAGCAAAUUGAUGAUGGAGCCUGCGGCGACGCAUUUGAGGGAGUUGAAAGUUGAGCUGGUCCUGAGCGUUAGGCACGAGAUGAGAGUCAGCUGUUUCUAUGACCAGGCUUUUGACUUUGUUGCGAGGAAGUCGGUGGAUGGGAGGGUGUCUUGCAGUUUGACGAACUUCGGGAAGGACCAUUGUCUGUGUGGCUUAGAGUCUACUCUGAAGCCGGAGGAUGAGGAUGCUGUGGAUGGAAGAUGUCUGGUUGAUGCUGUGCUGGAGGUCUGUCAAAAUCUCUACCCAGCUAAUUACCUCAUUUCAUGUCUGAGUACUGAAGAGAACGCUGUUUGA